AUGUUCAGUGCACAAGCAAGGCCACCUAACACAGAAGAGACAAAAAAAUCGCUGUUUACUGCAACAAACAAUGUGAAGGUUUGUCAUUGUUUUGUAACAUCAUAAGUGUUUGAGUGACUUUCUAAGUGAACAAUUCCAAUGAUUCAUUGAAAGUCAAAUUUCACAGCUGGAACUCCAGAGGUUCAUAUGGUGUAUUUUAUGUCACUGUUAUCAACAUUGUUCACUCAUGUUUUUGUUUCUAGAAACAGCAAACAUGUUGUAGUACUUGUUUUAGUUUAUUAUUCUGUUUUCAAUUUUGUACAUCCAUGUUUCCUGAUUGUACAAGUAAUCCGGAAUGUAUUUUUAGCAUUGUGGUUAAAAUUUGUGACACUGAAUGUAAAAGUGAAACUUGCUUGACUUAUCCCCUUUUUAUUAUUUAGACUGCAGCACUGAACCAACUUAAAGAAGCCAAUCCUAAAGGAAGAUUCUGGUUGAAAUUAGAUGCUACUGACCUCAAGGAGGAAAUGAUGGAAUCAGCAUUUGAUAUAUGGAAUGGCGAUGUAGACCUGGGUAAUGGGCAGCUGCAGCUGUUAAGAAGUGAAUAUGAUACCAGAGUGAACCUAGCCACCUUGAUCAGUACCACUGAAAACCGUAACAGACUUGAGAUAGAAUUGCUGAAGCUGGAAGACAGUCUGGGUGAAGACAUCCCCUUUCUUGAUGAGGGCUUGAAACUAGCUGUUGAGGAUUACCGGAAAAAAAUUGACAACAGGACUACCCCAGAAGAAAACCUGAAGAAUGCCAACUGGAAUGUUGUGGAGUUUCAGACCUUGCUUCAGAAGGCCCAACUUUUAAAUGGUUCCUACGAGGAAAAGCUAAUACCCCGAUCACACCAACGCUUAAACAUGUUUAAAUAA